UACGGAAAGCAAUUCCGUAUUACAGCGUAUCCGUGAAAAUUACAUUGUUACAUCUCUCGUUUGCAGAUUCUAUCGAUUGCGUCUAUAGUUUACGUCACGUUGAUUCAUAAUGCGGAAGCUGGGUCAGAGUCGCAGACUUCGAAUAUAAUUAGAAGUUCGGACCACCAGCAGAUUGUCGUGAUGGCUGCAAACAAAUAUUGACCGGGAUCGAUCGAAGAGGUUUUCUGGAAAUUAAUUCUUGAUGGAUUACAGACGUGAUUUGUUUGUAUUCCCAUAAAUAUCCAUAGCACGACAAACAUUCAAGUCUUAUUUAUAUUGUAUAAGAAACGUAUAUCAGAAUUGAUCGAGCAUAUCACGUGCGCAGUACAAUGACGAAGAUUAAAACGACUUGGAGUUGGACAAGUUAUAAUUUUGUUAACGUAAUUCGGAAUUUAAAAACAUUCGGGAAUGAGUAAGCAACAAUUUGCCACAAGAUUUAAAUAAGAAGAUUGCAAAAUAUAAAAUUUAUUAUACGUAAUGAUGAAAAUACGUUUGAAUUUAUUUUAUAGCUCCAGAUCCAAAUUUGUAUCGCAAAAUGUAAUUAUUUAACUUCAAGCAAAAUAUGCUUAUUUCUCUGGUUCGUACAUUUUAUAAUGCAAAUCUAAAUUUUUUAAAUAAAUUGAACGAAUUGAGAAUUGUACAUUGCAGCUUCGAGCUUGCAGCGUUAACUCGCACAUUUUCCCAAGUCCGCUGCCACAUGCGUCAUUCCUCAAGAGGAAGGUACGGGGUGCGGAAUAUCGCUUCUGCGUGCAAUCACGCAGCGCGCAGCCGCUCCGAUUUUCUCAAGGUAGAAACUCUGCCGAAGUUUUAGAAGAUGCGCGAUCGUGGACACGUGCGGAUUGUGUACAUGCAUUGUAGAGGAAAUACAUAACUCACCUCAUGGUAACUGUGUGUCGAGAAAGAAUUGUGAACGCAGUAGAAUAAAAUUCCAGAUUUAUUCUUUGUGCUCCUCCAGAGUCAGAAUGGAUGAGGCGGCAAUAGAACGUUUCUUAUCCGAGCAGAAAUACAAAUGCGAUCUUCUUUUGGAAGUGGGGAACAGCACCGAUCGAGCCAGCCGAUCGGAGAUGGAUCGCAGUAUCGAGAUGAGCUUCAGCGAAGACAAUGCCACGAGAAUUCAAUGUCCGCCGUUCUUCGACGGUCUGCUCUGCUGGCCUCGUAUCGACGCAUUGAUGACGGCGACUCAGCCCUGUCCACCGGCCUCGAUCAUGGGGUAUGCCAACCUGCAGACCGACAACGUGGACGUCCUGGCCAGUAAAGUCUGCCUGGCGAACGGCGAAUGGUUCCGGAACUCGGACGGCGUCACCUGGAGCAACUACAGUCUGUGCGCGUUGGACACACGUCACAUCAUCGACGAUGGUAUCGAGAGACUGACCUGGUAUCCGCGAUGGUACGAAACGGUCGCGGAGGCCACGCUGCUGAACAAAUGGUUGCCAAUCAUCAGAACAGUGUCGCAAUUGGGAUACGCCACUUCAUUCCUCACUCUCGUCAUCGCCAUGAUGAUCUUUUCUUACCUCAGGAAACUCAGAAAUCCCAGAAAUAGACUGCACAUGCAUCUGUUUGUGUCGUUUAUCAUGAGAGCUUUCAUGGCACUUCUGAAAGAUUGGGUCUUCGUCGAGGGCAUCGGACUGGCCUGGGACGUCGUCUUCGUCGGCACGAGCGCCUUUAUCAAGGAACGCAAUCCUUGGGUCUGCAAAAUCAUCACAAGUCUCUGGCAGUACUUCAUCGUGGCGAACUAUUCGUGGAUCUUGAUGGAAGGCUUGUAUCUGCACAACCUGAUAUUCUUCGUGCCGUGUACCGACACGAUAACCAUGUACGUCCUGCUAGGCUGGGGUAUUCCCGUCUUGAUAGUGGUGCCGUGGAUCGUGACACGCGCCACUAUCGAGGACACUCUUUGCUGGACCACUCACGAGAACCCUUCGCUGCUUCUCGUCAUAAGAGGACCAAUCAUGCUGUCUAUUUUGAUCAAUUUUCUGCUGUUUAUCAACGUUGUGCGUGUCCUGUACGUGAAGCUGAAGGCGUCGAUGUAUCUACAACGGAAGAAAAUGAAAUACAAGAAGUGGGCGAGGUCGACUCUAAUCCUAGUACCACUCUUCGGGAUACACUAUACCUUCUUCCUGCCGCUAUCCUACUGUAAGGAUUAUCAAAUCGAGCUCAUUUGGCUCUUUUGCGAUCAGCUCUUCGCAUCCUUCCAGGGUACCUUCGUGGCUUUUCUGUACUGUCUAUUAAACGGCGAAGUCAAGAUGGAGAUAAAACGUGCGUGGAAAAUGCGACAAUCAAAGCGGUACAUCAACUCCUUCGUCCACAACCACCGACAAUUCUCGAAAAAUUUGCGGGACGGAAUCAAUCGGAAGCGGCAUCGCUCGAAAAACGAGGAGCAAUCGGUCGGUAGCAGCCUCGCGGCUAAGACUAUGAAGAAGUUGUCGCUGAAAGAAUUUAAAUAGAUUUAGUCAUCUCUUUCCGUAUGUAUGCGGAAAGAAGUAUUUUAUAUGCAGAUACACUAUACCUUCUUCCUGCCGCUAUCCUACAUUGAUGGAAGAUGCAUUGAUGGAAGAUGGAACGGAGACGUAAGUGGGAUGGAAAAGCGACAGAAAGGAGUUAAAAGGAUAUUUAGACGCAUAUAACAACGAUUUUCUGUCUUAUAAACAUAUCUACUCUAUAUUCUUCUAAAUGUGAAACGUUUGAGUAUACUUUUACUCCGUGUGUCUUUUUAUCUCAUGCGGUUUGUAUAAUGUAUACCAAAUAUAAGCAAAUGUUUCUACUUUUGUGUCUUUAUAGCACCGUAAGAAUUACAUAUAUGUAAUAAUAAAAGAAAUAAUGCUGGAAA